CGUGGUAUUAGGAUGUAUCGACAAGCGGAAAGCUAAAUUAUUUAUUCAACUGCGUGAACUCCGAAAAAAAUUAUGUCUGGUAUUCAAUAUGGCGUGUAUGCACUCUUGCUCAAACUCUCCGUCACUGUGGCGUUUCCAUUCGGAGCGAGUCAUCAGGCUUGUGGUCACAUGAAACCCGUUGGGCACCCGGGAGUGGAAAACAAGUCCCCAGCUCCAUACAGGGUGCUCGUCAGUCACAACACAUACUACGACGGACACUCUCUCAAUGUGACUCUGAUGUCGGUCGAGACUGAUGUCAAGUUCCGGGGUUUCCUGCUCCAGGCGCGAUGUCGGACGUGUGCUUACCCAACAGUACCAGUCGGGGUAUUCCGCACUAUCCGGGGACAGCCACCUGCCAGAGUGAUGAACUGCUUCAAUACAAUUGCCGCUAUAACCCAGCUGUCCAAGAUCCCCAAGGAACGUGUUGUGGUCACUUGGACACCCCCAGAUAAUUUUGACAAAGACGUGCACAUGAGAGUGACCUUCGUGGAAUCAAGGAUGUCGUACUGGGGCAAUGUGAUAUCUGAAACAAUCACUAGAAACAACGGUCCACCAACAAGACCGCAAUCAACCACAACUGAAGCUAUCACAACACAACCAACAACAACUUACACACGAGAUAUCACAGUGUACACCUAG